AGAAGCCGAGGCGUAACAUUUUGAAAGGUUGUGUCCAAGAGGUAGGCACAGAGAGCGGGGAUGAGUUACGGUGGAUAAACGGGGGGAACAAAUCACGGCUUUUAAAGUGAAAAAUAAACAAACUGAAAAGUUUUGUUCUCGAAGGAACCGUUGGAGUACACUUUGACCAACAACACACCAUUUAACUCCGACCUCCGAUGCAAAGGCUCCAUGGCAUAAAGCCUGUCCUCAGAUUCAGCUGGUCCCUGGGGAAAGCUGCCGAGAAGCCCACCACUCUGACGUCCUGCUGUCAUUUUCCACAGCCUGAGGGGAAUCAGGAAGCAGCCGGCAGGAGCCAUGCCUGCCCUGGCCACCGGAGCCGGCCACGAGCCAGGUCUGUAUGAACUGCUGGCGGCUUUGCCCUCUCAGCUGCAGCCCCAUGUCAGCCGUCCAGAGGACAACACCUUCCUCCAGGACAUGUUUGGGGAGAGGAGCCUCCACUCGCUGGUCAAGAUCCAUGAGCGGCUGCAGCAUUACGAAGAGAGCAAACCCGUCCCCGUCUUGGACAGCGCUGCAGCUCUGGCCCAUGAAUUGUCUGGGGAGUUGGAAAGGAAACCAGCCAAUGGAGAAAUCAAGGAGCUUCUCAAACUACUGGCCAAACCCCACAUCAAGAGCCUUCUGACGGUCCACGACGCAGUUGCCCAGAAGAGUUAUGACCCCGAGCUACCUCCGCUGCCUGAAGACAUCGACGACGAUGAGGAUUCAGUGAAAAUCAUACGACUGGUUAAAAACAAGGAGCCUCUCGGAGCAACAAUAAUGCGUGACGAACACACAGGAGCCAUCCUCGUGGCCCGGAUCAUGAGAGGAGGGGCGGCCGACAGAAGCGGACUGAUUCAUGUUGGGGAUGAACUGAAGGAGGUCAAUGGAAUCCCUGUGGAUGACAAGAAACCAGAGGAAAUCAUUCGUAUUCUGGCCCAGUCACAAGGAGCCAUUACCUUUAAAGUUGUUCCCAGUGUCAAGGAGGAGCCGCCAACCAAGGAGCCAAAGGUGUUUGUGAAGGCACUUUUUGACUACGACCCUAAGGAGGACAAAGCUAUCCCAUGUAAGGAGGCCGGACUCGCCUUCAAGAAGGGCUCCAUCCUUCAGAUCAUGAGCCAAGAUGAUGCAACCUGGUGGCAGGCCAAACUUGAAGGUGACGCUAACCCCCGCGCCGGCUUAAUCCCGUCCAAACAGUUCCAGGAGAGGAGAUUUGCACUGCGACGACCUGUUGCGACUCUCCCAUUCCAGAGGAGCUCCAGCAGACGAUCAUACGAUGUGGCGGUAGAGUUUGCUGAGGAGAUCGAAGAGGAUGCUGACAAUAAUAGCGGACUCCACCUAGCUGGGUUCAGGAGAAGCUUCCGUCUCAGCAGGAGAGACAAGAAGACCAACAAGUCCAUGUACGAGUGUAAGAAGAGCGAAAUGUAUGACAUGGCUGACGUUCCCACGUACGAGGAGGUCACCCCAUACCGCAGGCAGAGCGGGGGUAAACACCGGCUGGUGGUCCUAGUAGGACCCACAGGUGUCGGCUUGAACGAGCUUAAGAGGAAGCUGUUGAUCACCGACGCUCAACACUUCAGUGUGACCAUCCCACACACGAGUCGGGCCAAGAGGAACCAGGAGAGCGACGGCGUGGAGUACCACUUCAUCUCCAAGAACCUUUUUGAGACGGACAUCCACAACAACAAGUUCAUUGAAUACGGCGAGUACAAAGGGAAUUACUACGGGACAAGCUUAGACUCUGUACGCUCCGUCCUCUCCAAGGACAAAGUGUGCCUGUUGGACGUCCAGCCUCACACGAUAAAGCACCUACGGACGGCCGAGUUCAAACCCUUCGUGGUGUUUGUGAAGCCGCCGGCAAUUGAGAGGUUGAGAGAGACCAGAAAGAACGCCAGGAUCAUAUCGGGCAAGGACGACAAGGGAUCGGCCAAAGCGUUUACGGAGGAGGACUUUCAGGAGAUGGUGAGCACGGCCCAGUCGAUGGAGACUCAGUACGGUCAUCUGUUUGAGAAGGUCAUAGUGAACGACGACCUCUCUGCGGCCUUCAGUGAGCUGCGGUUGGCAUUAAAGAAAAUUGAGACGGAAACUCACUGGGUUCCAGUCAGCUGGACUCACUCCUGAGACCCGCACUUACUGUAAAAGGAGAAAAGGGAAGGGCUUUGAGAAAAAUAUGCAGGUUUUUAUCUUUUUUAUAUCUGCUGCGGCUGGUGUUGAGGGGGUGGGUGGAGUAACGGGAAUAAAACAAGACAGCGCCAGACUGCUGUGUCGCCAUACCUGAGGUGCACAGAGCUAAAAAUAAUACGUUUUUGCCUGGGAUCAGGUUGGAUUUAGACCUCGGGCUGCGGUCUGGAUGUGAAUCUCCAGGUCUGACCAGAUCUGACAGGGUUGAGGCAGAGGGCGUCCGUCCAGAAUAUGGGUCUUGGAUAUGGAACUGGGUCUCAGUCUGGGUCACACAACCAUGGCCACGAGCUGGAGCUCUUUGGUCCAAAACCAGAAUGUGGAACGAGCCUGGACCAUCGUAGCGCCAGCAGUCCUGCCAGCACAUGAGCAACCUGCCAACCAGGACCCCUUCUUUAUGGCGUUUGUAACAUUAGACCAUUAGAAACCAAAGGGAUUGACAUAUUUCUUCUUGGUGGACAACUUACAUGUAUAUGUCUGUGAGAGAAACAACCUCUGAGGGGAAAAAUGAGAGGAAAGAAAACAUACUUGCCAUCUGUCUUACUAUAUUUCUGUGCUUCUAAAAUGCUUCCAUGACUGUUGCUCCAAACAAAACAUUGUCAGGUACACUUUCAAGUAAGGGCAAUAAGUGUAAUUUUAUUUAAGAGAAAUUAAUAUAUUUUCUAUUAUCUUUCAGUUGUUUUUUUUUUGCAUACCUUUUUAUAUACAUAUCUUGACUUUUAGAGAAACUUGUUCUUAACUGUCGCCUCUUCUCUGACAGCUUUUCACAUUCGAGGCAUCUCUUCUUUCACUCAAGUGUUUUGAUUUCAUCACCCUAGUCUAGUUUUUCCCCCUACAAAGCACAUAAAGAGCUGUUUUAUUUAGGUGUUAUAUAUUUCCAUUUAGGAGCAUUUUGAAAAGCCACUCUUCAUAUGAAGGUGCCCAGCAUAACAGCUUUGCCAUUUAAAGUCCCAGAACUGGACACUCUUGGCUGUCUGCUAGAAGAAAAUGUUCACAAUUCUGUUUUAUUAGGGUGGAGGCUUUAUUUUUAUUCACAUAAAAGUGGCUUCAGCGCAGCUGCUAAUAGCGGGGUCCAUAGCCCACGUCCAGGAUUUUAAUUUAGAGAAAUGCUAAGUAGCCGCUCCUGAAUUUAUGAGCAUUAGAAGUAUAUUACUAAUUUGAGUCUCCCAUUCCCAGUCUAAUUUACUCAGUGCUUUUCUUUUUUAAACUUCUAUCAUUGCAAUACUAAACUCUGAUUUCUAGGAAACUGAUUUUAAAAGCAGCUAGUCAUUAAUAAAUCAUGGCUCUAUCAUUAUCAUUAACAUUGUUACAGCCUUUGUAGAUCUUUGCUGCCAAUGUAAUGACACUCUGUUGAAGAGUUUUUUUUUUUUUUACAGAUUAUAAGCGCAACAUUUUGGAAGUACAUGUCUACACAUACAUAAGUACGAUGCUGUAGAGCCAUGUGGUGGCUAGUUUAGCUUAGCAUGACUGGCAGCAGGGGGAAACAGCUAGCCUGAUUCCUCAAAAUUAAAAACUACACCCAGUAGUGCAUCUAAAGUUGCGAUUUUAUGAACUUGUUUCUGUGUAUGUGUAUCUAUAUGUGUUAAUUUGCCAGCUUUAAACUUUGUCCAGUAUUUAUGCUAAGCUAAGCUAUUCACCUCUUGGCUCUAGCGCCAUACUUAACAUAUAGGUAUAAGUAGGCAAGUAAACUAAUUUCCCUCAAUGUCAAACAAUUCCCAUAAACGUACAGUUUUUUUACUUUCUAAAAUUGGCUUUUAUACUGGCUGUACAGCAGCUGUAUGUCCACCACAAGUUGCAAAGUCAUCAUCAUUUAUGAUGAUGCAUUUAUUUAACCUUCUCACAACAAUUAUGAUAUUUAUAUAUUUGAUUUCUGUCAAUUUUAAAAAAGGGUAAUUUGAGUAUAUAUGCUGUUCAGUAAAGAUAAGAUACAUUUUAAAAGGGAUUUUAACACACAAUUUUUUUUUGUUUUGUUUUGUUUUAAUCUCACAUUAAGAUUUUUACUUUUUUAUUUCUUCAUAUAUGACCCCUCUGAAAUCUGUUUAAUUCAUCCAAAUCAUAUUUGUACAUUCUCCAGAAAAUGAUUUUAAUUUCUUGCUGUAAAUGAGAUGCUGUUUAUGAGGCAAAGCGUUUGAAUUUACAUUAUUCUUGAUAACUGCUGCAUUUUAUAUUAAAGGAGAUCCAACUAAACUUGUA